CUACAUAUUCAGAGGUUUGCCCAUUUGCCUCGCCGCUCCCGGGACUCGAACCCGGGCCUUUCCGGUUGUGAGCCGAGUGUGCUAACCACUACACUACGCGUUGUGUGUGUGUGUGUGUGUUUUUUGAGAUAAAGCAGCCUGUGCUGCAGCCCGCCAUAUAGGAGCCACUCCCCGCGCCCCUCGGGCCUCAGCCAACCGCUGCCAGCCAGGCCCAGCCUGUGGCCUGCCACACUCAGUCACUCACCGAGGCAAGAGUCGUGCAAACGCUGCUGCCGCUAUAUCUUUUCUUCAGUACCUAUUAUAGCCACUGUGCAAUCAAGCAGCAGCAGCACCAGCAGAAUGUCCACCCAGGUCACCGUACACCGGAUGGUCACUACCACCACUACUUCCGCCUUUCUUAUCAACGUGGGUUAUCUCAAGACUUUUCCAGGCAUACUCAAGAUCUUCCAAAUCUUACUUGGUUGUGUGGUGGUAGGCAUCACCGGUCACUACAUACACUGGUCCACCCGCUCAGAACAAGUGGUGCCAGAACUAUUCUUCCUACUCAUAGCAACCACCUGUCUCAUCACAACGUCACUGCUGCUCUUCUCAUGUCUGUGUUCCAUUGCCACAGCUUCCAUUAUCCCCAAGACGCUCUUUGAGACGCUGUAUCACAUAGCAGCCUCGAUGCUUUACUUCGCCAGUGCUCUUUACCUCCUCAUUUACCUCACCAACAAAACUUAUCGAGACACCUUCUAUGUGGCCAAGACAGCAGCCAGUGUUGUGUUGUUACAUGGUACAUUGUCGUAUCUUCUUGUGUGCGCAUCCAUUAAUCUUCUGAGGGAGGUGGUGGCCAGGAACGAAAUAUAUAAUAUAUACGAAAGAGGCUACAACUCUAAAAUAUUUUCAGGGGCAUUGGGACUGGUGAACUGUGCCCUCUACAUCCUGUCAAGUAUCUACUCCAUCCGUACUUUCCGCAGGGGCUAGGUUCAGUCUUGAAAAGGCUGGAUUUAAGCCACCAGAAGAAAGGAAGUACACAAAAUUUGAAUGAGAAAACUGCAGUAUACCAGUAAUUGAAGUCGGUAUAAUGAAAAUAUUAAAGUAAAAAUAUACAUAUGUGAGAUCUGUAGACUCCAAAAUUGAUGCUAGGUUUAUGGGAGUAACAUAACUCGUAACAAGAGUCUGAGACCUGGUAUGAUAUCAUCUUUGCUAGUGAAGCUUUACAGUAUUCCGAUGCUGAGGAAUCAAACAGAUUGCUUUAUGAUGUCUGACUUGUAUUCACAAUUGCUGUUCAAGUUUUUAAAUGUACUUAUUCUAAACUUUUGAGAUGAGCAGUCUUUGUUGAAAUAUUAUGAAGAAAUUAAAGCAAAUAUGUAAAGCAAUACAGAAAAAUUUAUGAAAAUACAGAAUUAUUUCCAUAUUAGGAUUGCCAAUUCCAAAUUGAAAGUAAGAACUGUUUAUAGAUUUAAUGUAUUUAUCUACAUAUAACUUUGGAUACUAUUGAUAGUUAAGGGAAUGUGACAAACUUAACUAUUUAACAUUAAGAAAAACACAUUUCCCAUUUUAUAAUUAGAUAUUUAUAUAUACAGUAAGCCCCCACACUUGGCAACUUAAUUAGUCUGGCAAAACUACUGCCAAAUGCGAAUUUCGCCAAUCACGAGUUCUUUAUCCCAUAUAAAUUGCCUAAAAAAUGCCUCAAUAAGUCUUUGGUCAUUGCCAAAGUCCCUCUUUUGACCCCUAAAAUACCAUCUUUCAAGCUGAAAUAAUUUUCUCCUUUUCACUCACACUGUACGACUUGUGAUGCUUUCCUCAUCUGUACUCACGUUUUUCCACCCGUUUCCCUUGCCCACUUUCGUCCUUGCUGCCACCACCAUUGUUCUUUCCCCCACCGGUACCACUUGUUGCGCUGGUAGAGGACAUGUUGGCGGUAAAUCGCCAAAAUUCGUUCCCACGUUAGCAGAACAGAGGGUAGCACAAACAAAAUGGCUGAAGGGGACUCUCACACUGUGUUCUGAUAGGUUUAGAGAGAGGUCUGAUGUCCCCGGGGAGCCGCGUGGUUUGCUGUGCAGCCACCAGGGGGCUGUCAAGUUUGAAUUCAAAUCGCCAAGUGUGCAUUCGGUGGCCGUGGCCACCCUACCGCCAAAAGUGAAUUUCACCAAGCUGAGAUUUGCCAAGUGAGGGGACUUACUGUAAUGCUUUUGAAAUAUAUAGUGUAUAUUUUUCAAAGCCUAAAUGAAAUACUUAUUUUUUUACAUAAACAAAAUUGUAGCUAGUAUCUAAAAGAUUACCAA